AUGAAGUUCAUUCUCGUUCUCCUUGCAGGGCUAGCGACUCAGACGUACGCAGCCACCAACUUCUACGGCAUGGUGGCAGCCAACGCCAUCGGCGGAAAGGCGCCGUACACAUGCCGUACGCAGACAGACUGGAAUAAUCUUGCUAAAACGACAAAGGCGAAUGGGUUCAAAUCGCUACGCAUCGUCGGGUUCGACUGUAAUGCGCUACCUAGGGCGUCGAAGGCUGCUGAGAAGUAUGGAUUGACUGUACUUGCCGGAAUUUAUAUUCAUAAAACUGUUGCCGAGGCGAAAAAACAGAUCGAUGACGAAGUGCAGAUCUUCAUGGCAAAUUAUUGGAAAUAUGGUGCUUCACGUUAUGUUGGACUGACGAUCGGAAAUGAGGUCAACGACACGACCAGGAAUAUCAUGCAGAGAGUAUACGAUGUCCGAGGCUACCUCCGGAUGAUGGGGGUCAAGACACCGGUAUCGACUGUGCACACCUGGGUCCGAAUUCGAGAUGAGCCAUCUCUGUGUGGCGGGGAUUUUGUAGCCGCAAAUGCUCAUGCGUUCUUUGAUGGCUAUCGCACAUCACGCCAGGCUGGUGAUUUCCUGUUCAAACUGGCAGUCCCGUCGCUACAGAAAAAGUGCCCGGGCAAGAAGUUGAUUAUCACAGAGUCUGGAUGGCCGUCGGAGGGACGCAACAACUCGAGGGCGAUCGCGUCUGGAUUUGACGAGAGAAUGGCAAUCCUGAAUCUGAAUUGCGCAUGCCGAGAUGACAGAAGUGUGACUGUGUAUGCGUUUGAAGCGGAUAACCAGCUGUGGAAGGACAAUGAAAAUGAACGGAGUUUUGGUAUCUUUGGCAAGCUCGAGUUGCGUAGCAUUUUUGAUAUCUGCAAUUAG